UCAUCACAGUGGAAAAAUGAAGAUCCUGAAAGCCCAGUUAGAAGCCUACCAAGAGUUGGUAGACAAGAAAAAUAAGCAAUGGCAAAAUACAACUAAGAGUCUGAGGGAGAAAAACGGGCAACUGAGCCAAGAAAAUAAAGAUCUUCUUUACCAGAUAAAGCAACAAAAUGAGAAAUGGGCAGAAGAAAAGACUUGGAUUCUAGAAAGUUUCUCUCAAAAACUAGAUCAUCUGUAUACUCAGCACUCUUUGACACUGCAGGAACUUCAGAGGAUCAGACUGAAUAUGGAAAAAGUGCAAGAGAUAGUGAAUUUACAGAUGGAUUUUCCUCAGGAAAAAUCCUUAGUUACAGCAGAAAAGGUAGUUGACGAGGUGGAGGAACAUGAACAUUUGCUGCAAAAAGAAUUUCUGUGGAAAACACAGGCCAUGCUGGAAAUGGCAAAGCAGUCCUUACACAAACGAGAGAGAGAGGUAGCUGAACUUCUACAAAGCGAGAGUGGACACAAUGAAACAAUGAAACCUCAAAUCACAGUUACAACAUUACUAAAAACUCUUGUGAGCAAGGUCCACACUAUAUAUUGUGAUGUACCUGAGGCACAACAAUGCAUCAAUCAGCUUAUUGAGAAGAAUGAUGCUGAAAGGGCUGAUCGGAAAGAAGAAUUUAAUAAUGCGCAGGCUGACAUCCUGUCCUAUAAAGUUAUUUAUGGAAAUAAAUCUACGGAUUACAAAAGGGAACAGUUUUCAGUGAAGCUUUCCAGAAAUCUUGUGACUGCAAAGUCUGAAUUAGAAUAUGCUGAAACAGAGAAGAUUGCAUUGGAUUGCAUCCAAAAGGGGGAAAUCCCAGACUGGAUUAGCAAACAUUGUCCAUAUUUAACCUUGAUAGAUUCUGACCAAAAAAAGUAUGCUGAUGAGAAAAGCCACCUUCCAGAUGAAGCCAUGCAAACACUCAACAGAAAAUCACAGGAUGUGGAUGAAACAAAGGAGCAGCAAGGGAUGUACCAGCUUUGGGCAGAGACCCCCAUCACAGAUGAGGGGGUGUUGUGUGGAAAGGGUGGAGCAGAGAAGCACAUUAUGAAAGAGCCCUGGAGCGAAAACUGAUUGACAGAGUGGGCAAAACUUUCAAAAGCACUUAAAUGAUGCAGAAGCCUAAGUCCCAUUGGCUUUCAAUGGGACUUGGUUCCUCAGUCACUUGGGUGCUUUUGGAAUUGUGACCCCAAGUUUAGAAGCAUUCUAAUAUAAUUUUUAAAAAUCUGGCCUGAACCUGCAAUGGAAUUGGAUGGAUGGGACCCCUUGUGCCCCCCCAGAACCCCAUUAACUUAACAGGGUCUGUGAGGGAUCAAAGGGAUGCACCCACACUGAUCACAUCGCAGCAUCAGGACCUAAAGUAUGUCACAUUCCUACUUUCAUUAACAGGAAUAGAGCUGGUCAGAAAAUGACUUGUUUGCAAAAAUAAAUGUCCACUCUUCAGCAAAAUGAUAGAAAUUUUCCCACCAACACUAAAGCUGGUUGAAACUCUAGAGAAAAUGUUUGCAAUUUUCUAUUUGUUUGUUUUUAAAGAAAUUGUGUACAAUGAAACAUUUCCAGUCAGCUCUAAACAAGAAAAUUGAGUUUUACAAAUGGUUCAUCACUUUAUUAUUUUUGUUAGUGAAAGAAAACCACAGUUCUGACUGCUUUCCAACAAUUUUUGGACAUACAAAUAAAAAUAUUUUAAAUGUUUGUAUUUAGAAAAGUUUGUCUAAAUAUUGAUAGUUCCAUUUGAGUUUAAAUUCAUGUUGGUUUUGGCUCCUUUCUGUGUAAAUGUGACUGAGUGCAGCAUGACUGGGAAAUGAAGCCAGGCAUGGUAGAUAGCUAUCCAGUACUAAUAUAUAUGCAUGUAUUUCUCUAUUGUUUUAAAUGUCCUCUUUUCCCCCUGGCCUGUAAUAUUCCAGAGUAAUAAGAGGGAGAGAACCUUGAUUCAGUUUUGUAACUUUAUUAUUUAAAUCUGUAGCAUAAAGCCUGUUUAUAAAAAUCAUGUUACUGUAGUGUUUAUAUAAUAUAUGUAUGUGUUGGGGUGAAAGGAG